GAGAAUCUAAGAGUAGGAAUGCUUUUUGGUUCGGUAAGAAGUAGAAUCUUCUCGUAGCGUGUGCUACUACUAUAAUGAUAUAAAAAGUGUGAUUUCGUUAAAAUCUCUACCUAUUACACUUAUGAUUUCUUUACGGUAAAGUCAAUGUCAUCUAAAAUCUUGUUUGCUACUACUUGUUGUUAAAGUUAUCACAAUCAAACAACAUUACUCCUACUCGAGCAACAACUUCUAUCUCUAUCGUUCAUCAACAUGUCAUCCCCCCCGCGGCCUCCAAGUCGAUCUUCAUCUAUCAGGAAUAGCCCUGAUGAAACAAGUACUAGUACACGAAGUACAGGAGCACCUUCCUCCUCGUCUUCUAGUGGCAAGAACCAUGUUCUCCUUGAAGAACGCUUGCCAGGCACAUCAAUCAAUCAAUCAAUCAAAGCAGCUUCAGAAACGACGAAAAGGAUCGAUUAUAAGAAGUACGUACCUGUGAAGUGCACGAUCGACGAAGAAACAACCAUCCGGAGAAACAUCAAAUACAACGUAAGAGACUACUCGAAAAACUGAAAAUAACCGAGUUACUGACUGAAAUAAGGGAGGUAGCUUAACAUCAAGGCUACUCUUCCUUCUCAUCAGUAUCUCGCUUAUUCUGAUCAAUUACUUGCUUAUUUCAGUUUUUCGAAUACCUGGAAGCUAUCUUGAGCUUGACACGGUUCUUUCCUCCAUGUUCUGUUCCUGAGAUCAAUACAUAGACAGACAUACACAUAGAUGUGGAGGAGCAACAACUAGUAUGUAUCUUACGAAAAACAGGGAGAAGCAACAACUAGCAUCUGCUCUUCUAAAAAUCGGAGACCCUGCGCAAAAAGAGAAGAUCAAGGAAAAGUGGCGGCUUUUCUUAUGUGAAAGUCCGACUGCGAAGCAAGCGAAAGAGUGGAACUUCUUCCCCAGUGAUUCAGAAAACGUUAAGGGUAGGUUAAAGGUGCUUUUGUUGCCGCUUGUUAUGGCUCUCUCCCUUAGGUGGGUACAGCCAUACUAACAAGCGGGAAGAUAAACGAACACCAAAAACUUACCUCUAAAAACGAGGCAGGAGAAGGAGUGGGAGCUUCGUCCAAUUCCUCUUCUUCUAUUAAGGAAUGUUACAAUUUCGCCUAUGAUCUGCUAAUAUGUUGAGCAUUCUUGUUAUAUCCAUAAUUACAUUGAUCAUCUUUUCAACUGCAGGAGAACAAGCGAAACUAAGCGAUGCUGAACAAGGGAAUAGAUGAUGAUCAUCAGCAUUAUAUGCUCCUUCGAAUACAUAGAUGAUACGCCAUGAGAGAAACAGAAACCUCCUCUUCUAAAAAUUCCAGCAAAAGUCUUAGUCUAGCCAAGCAAGGUAUCUCCAGGAACCACGCCACAUCUACUAUCAAGGGUCUAAAAAGUCCUCAUCGUGGAAAAGAACAGCUAGCACAAAAUCUUGGAAAAGAACAGCUAAGAAGUCCUCAUCUUGGAAAAGAACAGCAAGAUUCUAGCACCAACAUAAAUACUGAUGAAGAUGCACGACAACGACAACUUGCUGGAAAGCAGCAGCGAGACUCGAGCACCAUGAUGAAUGCUGAUCCACAUCAACUCUCUGAAAAUCGACAGCAAGACCAAGACGUCUCACGAGCCGCGGAAGGAACUGGAAACGUCGAAACCGAUAUAAUUAAUAAAACCAAAAAUAUAAUGGGUGCUGCUGAUCUCAAGAAAAAGAGCGCUAGUACAACUCUCCGUCUCCACAACCUCCACGAUGACCCUUUAUUUGAAGAUGAACAAGAGGAAGAUCACGACUCUGCUGCUGGUGGAGCCGGUCCUCUUGGUUUGCUCAACGAGUACGGUUGUCGAGAGCAGCGAGAAGAUCUUCUUGGCGGUACUGGAAACGGAAAGGUUCUCCUCGACCAGGAGGAUUCUUGUGGAGAGCAAGGUAACAAUGCUGGAGCAGCUGCUCUCGGAGGCUGCGGAAGCACGCAACGUCCUUUCGGAAAAGGAUUGGAUGUGGACAGCCAAGCAAAUGGACACGACACUGCUGGAGCUGGAUCUUCCUCCUUGUCUUCUAUAGGAGGAAAAAAGACACCAGCUCCUCUCUCUGUUAGCACCUCCACGGUCGUGCUAGCUCCACCUCCUACACUCGAAAAUCAUGCUAAUCGUCAAUUAUUGCAGACUGAGACUGGUAACUCUGCUUCUGGUGAUGGGCCGUCUACGUUGCCUGAGACUCCUGAGACUUCUUGUUCUGCUUCUGGUGUUGAUGGUACCUCUACGUCUACGUGUACGAUCAAUUUUGAUCAGCCGAGGGUUAGUCGCAGUGGUCAAGUACCGAUUUGGGGCUGGGAUGGGCAAAGAAUAGGGACUAUUACAUUCAUCAGGGACGCGGCGUUUUCGUUGGAGCUCCACAAAAACGUAAUGGAGAAGACGCAGGAGCUAGACGCCUUACGAGCAUUCCAAACAGGAACCGGUGGCCCUUGUCGUUUCUUUUUAUGAAGAAGAAGAAAAUGGAGAACACUAAUAAAAACACAUUCACAUUCAUCAAUGAUGAUACUUGAAUAGAAAUUGAUUAUAGACUACGUACUUCUAGGAGCACGAGCAGCACCAGCAGCUGCAGUGCAAGAUGAGCAAGAACGGAGCUUCUUCUAAGCCGGUGUCCACAAUGCCGUAGCACCUCAAACUCAGGACUCAAGAGCUUGUAGCUCGUGUAUGAUUCAAUUGCCUGCUCUUGUUCCUCAGCUACUAGUUGUGAAGAGUGAUCUAUUCGAUUCUUCUUCUAAUGCCUUUCAACAAUUCAGCUUUUCUCGGUCGAGGUCCGAUGGCGCAGGCGUUGAUGGAGGACGAAAUCGGAGCGACUGCUACCAGUAGCGUUGUAGAUUCCCGACCUUGGAAAGCCACAGACCCGGAAAUUAAGAGUUGCAACAUCGCAUUCCGCGCCACCCUCAUCUACAAGACUUCAGUCAACGUGUACACCCACUUCAAGAACAGGGCUAGUAAUGAAGCAUGCAUUUAUUAUUUUCAAGUGAAAAACUAAUCGAGGCUUCUCAGAGGAAUGCGAUUUUUGCGUAACUACCUCUAAAGAAGUGGGUGGACUCCUAAGGCUAUGGCUAUUACAUCCUUCUAAGGCUUCUAUGUCUUGGGCAUCUUCGUUUCUUUUUAAAUUUUUCCUCUUCAAUCACAACAUCGUUGCUUCAGAAGUUCUCUCUUAAGAUGAUAUAGGUUAAGGUGUCCGUGGAGAAGUUAUAGUUAUAUCGUUACCUCAAGUAGCGCAUGCUGAUACUUUUCCUCAUCCACCCCUGACCCUAGAGAUAAUGAUAUUCAUUUCGAUUUAUAACAAGUCAAAUUAAUUAUAAGGAAAAGGAAACGAAGGUGAGUGGAUGCUCAACCUCAACAUCUUACUAGCACUUGUUGUACUAGAUAUACGUCUAAGAAGUAGAUGAACAAGGAACAAGUCACAACUCAAAAUAACCGAGUUACUGACUGAAAUAUGGGAGGUAGCUUAACAUCAAGGCUACUCUUCCUUUUCAUGAGUAUCUCGCUUAUUCUGAUCAGUUACUUGCUUAUUUCAGUUUUUCGAAUACAUACUUUCCAUCUAUUUGCUUCUAGCCAAGCGAUACAGCUAAUAGUAGAAGAUGAGUGGCGCGGGACGAAAGAAGGAUGGAGGGACACGGUAGGGAAAGGGGACAACUUUAUGGUCUGUUGUACCACUAAUUAUUUGUAAUAUUUAUUUAUAUUAAUCGAUGUGUAGUAGAUCUAGAUGAUCUUCAUGCUUUGCCUAUUCUGCAUUUCAAUAUGGAGGACUGCUCUUUCUUCGUCCAAUAUCACCAGUGGGCAGUGGCAGUCUGCCAAGAUGAAUCAUGAAAAUUUUCGUCUUCAUGUCGAAUUCUUAUUCUUUGUCCUCCUCCCAUGUUGUCCACCUACGUCACGACAUUAGUAACAACUUGUUUUUCUUUCAUGAGCGUUUGCAAAGGUGGUCAUGGGAGACACUGGCUGAAUCUGAGGGAUCCUUCCAGUGCGGCCCAGCAACUGGAGGACGAUGAGAUGAACGUUGUAGAGACAACGGCAGCCAAAGAGGGCGCGCCGUCCAGGUGCAGCACUAGUGCUUGUGCAAUCUCCACUUCUACAAGCAGUUCUUGUAGUAGUAAAAGCAUGAGUAGUUCAAGUUUAUCUUCUACAACCUGCUCUACGCCGUCGACCACGACCUCUACAUCCAAGGACGACACGUUGACAUUUGCCGCUCAUGUUGCUCAGGAGGAAUCGCGUUCAAGUAACACCAAAUCGUCCUCAAAGAAGAAUACAGCAUCGAGCAGCUCGAAAGAUGAAGAUGGCGGCUCCAAGAAAGGGAUGAUAGUAACUUUUUUUUCGGUCUACUCGAAACAGGGCAGUGUUGUCAUUCACGGCGAUUUUUGGGCUGGACCCGAUUGUCUCCCGCUCGAGACCCGACAACUGAAGCAGCAAGUGAAGAUAUGACAAUUUUCCAAUAGUAGUACUCAGUUGCAAUUUUCUUGGAUACUUCUUGUGAACAAGCAACGAACUCGUAAGAGAGAAGUUAACAAGUUUUGAAUUGCAUUAGCAUUCCAUAAUCUUGAACAAAGAAAUAGAGCUGCACUACUUGUACUUACGACGUAGUGUUCACUAUUGCACGAGGUGUCUUUUUGCUUGUUUCAUAGGAAGCUUUGCCACCGGCUGGAGCAGCAUUCCGCGAGCUAGCUCUCAAGAAAGGGCCGCAGGGAGCUGGCUAUCCAAAUGUGAUUGCCGGGUCUUCUAGUACUUGCGCAGGUGUUGGAGCCGCUACUACAUCAAAAGAACUACGUCAAAAGCGUCCAGCUCCUAAGAAAAAAUCGCGGGAACAAGUCGGACCCGACCCGUUAGCUUCUGCUUUUGCGUCACUUGAGAAUGGUUGUGCGUGUCCAGGCGCAGGAGGAACUUCCUCUAGCACUACAAGAACUUCUAUAGUUGCGUGUCCAGGCGCAGGAGGAACUUCCUCUAAUUAUAUGACUGGUGUUGCUGUACCUCCUCCACGAGCAGCUGCACCAGGGGGCUCAGCCUUUCGUGGUGUACUAGAUUCGCGCUCCACCUCAUCGGUACUGAGACAGCGCGAAGAUGAUCAAGGACCUCGUGGAAGUGCGAGUGGACCACCAAUGAGCGCGCCACCCCUUAAAAAGGUCAAGCUCGAGCAAGAUGCUACUGGCGAAGGUGGAAAAGAAGGCGGUAAAAAUGUUGCAGAGCCGCUUGCAAUUAUGAGCAAAGUCUGAACGGUGUAGGUGUCUUCCAUGUCACAAAUAUUUCGUUUACGCCAUGCUUAUGUCGAACUCAAAGUUGACACUUCAUCAUAGUUCUUGGCUAUACAACUAGAUAAAUAGAAACUACAACUAGAACUGACUGUAAAAACUAGAUGAAAAACUAUUAAUAUACUACAACUUUAUCAUGAUACGAUGUCAUCAAACACCAUGAGUAUGUGCAUGAGCUCCACGAUCAAUCUAAACAUCAGCUAUAUCAUGGCAUCGUAGAAGCGCUUGCCUGGAAGAGUUAAUCAUCACGCGCAGCUCCUCCUCCUCGCCCUUUACGCUAAGAGUAAAAUCCCAAAUAUUCAAGACGCAUUGGCCCUCACGUUUCGACGGGACGUUUUCUGCAUUUUGCAAAAGGAGGCUGUUGUGAGUUUGUUUCUUUCAAGUGCAAUCACAAAAGAGGAAUUGGCACCGCGAACAACAGCUCCUCACGAGAACCGCCCGCCGUGUUUUGUACUCUUCCCUGCUUUUAUCUUUUUUCUUGUUCUUGUACAACUUCGAUUUCAUAACUUCUAUGAAUAAGAACUAUAAUGUAUAAAAACUUGUCUUCAGUUUGUAUUCGUUCUACGUACUUCUUGAAGAUUUUAUAUUACAGCUUGAAGAAUCUAAAUCGGAAACUACAUCAAAUAAGAAUAACCCGGACUACACGUCGACGACACAUGCACAUACUUAACAUGAUUAAGAAGCAUGCCUGCUGCUUCUGCUAAGUCCAUUUACAACAUCUUGAUCUCCUCAGGAGGCAGACGAUGAAACUGUGGUGCGUCACGGUGUCCAGGUCGAUGGCAGGAGUACUGUACAUUAAGAAUAACGCUGUAAGGAUCCAUCUUUGUGGGGGUCCAAAGAAAUCCAAGGGGUAAGUAACUCUAGAGCAGGCAUACUGUUCUUGGAGGAUAUCUGGACUUCCUCCACAGGAAUGAUCGAUUAAUUAGUGCCGUACUCUUGUCCACAGGGAUCGAUGCUGAACCCCUGUGGAGACGAGGAGAGGUCUAAUUACAGCAAUGGUUCGGGCGUCUGGUCGCGAGCAUUAUAGGCCACAGGAGCGCGGCUCCGGUUCCGCCUCAGUACCAAGCACGACCGGAGGAGUUUGUGGCGACUCUUCUACUCAAUGGCCAGCCGAUUGAAGGUUAUGGAACCCGUGCUCAUUUUUGUCCUACUUCAUCUCCGCAACUUGUUCCUAAAUAUUAGCAGUUUUUGGGCAGUCGAACUAGAAUAUACUGAAAACAACGAAAUCAAGGCUGUGCUGAGCAGGUAGUUGCUACGAGUACCAACUUAUCAUAACCGGGGAAGCGAGUAAAGCUAUAAUUAAUCUUGUCACUUUAAAAGUGACACUUUUCAUCUUGUAGCUCUAACGUGCUAGCGAAGUGGAUGGUGCCGGCUGGCCGCUGCGUCCCUUUGGGGCGCCUUUGAUUCCACUCCUAAGUGCCAACCCACCAGCUACAAGCACAACAUCAAGCACCACAUCAAGAAACUAUCAAGCCGAAUUAACAUUAAGGCUGAGCAGUAUUUUGAUGGGGGGAAGGAACUGCCUGGUGGAACGAGGGGUCCGUCGUUCGAUAUGUAUUCCAAUAGUGGAAAUCGAAAUAACUUACUUGGAGGGUCGUGUCCUCGUCAACUAUUCAUCUUUAUAAGAAAGAGGCGAUCUGCUCUUUUCCAUAACCCUCCUGGAGAAGUAAUCGUAAGCUCUAAAAGAAGGCCAAGGCGACCUGGGAGCAGCUCCGGCAUCUUCUGACUGGCUAAGGCACUCUGCUGGCACGCUGAGCCUCUGCGCCGUGAAGAGCAUUGGGAUUUGGAUCAAAAAGCAGAAAGAUCGCGGCUCUCUCAUCGUGCUGGACGAUGAUGACGAGUAGUUCGUUGUGGUCUGCAGUUUUUUUCAUAGAAGGCACUGCAAUGUUUGAUGGCCUCACAAGUAGACAAUAUUUAUAAUUAUACAUAGACACUAGACAAUAUUUAUAAUUAUAUUUAUACAUAGGUACAUAAGACCACGCGCCAUGACAUCAUGAUAUAUGGAUUCCACCGUCCACGACUCAAGCAAUAACGACAACAGCGACGCGCUUUCCUGCAUGUGUGACGACGAGAAGGAAAAGAAACGAGCAACAAGGACGCUUAUUUUGAAUUUCGCUGAGGAAGACGAGGAUUAUAGUUAGAAGUAGAAGACAUGAAGAUCAAAAUUCUGACAUAUAGAUAUGGAGAUGGACAAAGAGACACAAACAUCAAAGGAAGUCGAAAGAUAACUUACAUCAUUGCUGAAGAAGAAGAGCCUAGCGGUACUAGAGGUGAAAAUGGACUGACAGACACCGCAAAAAACUGUCCAUAGUUUUAGUUGUAAUAAAUGAAGGAAGAAGAGCAGAAACAAAGACAAAAUUCAUUUCUUUUAAAAACUCACCAAAAAAUUAUGUUUAUGACGUUAGCACUCUCGAAGAACACGCCUUCCCCUACCCGUACCCCUACGCAAACGCAAUAGAGAAGCUCGACGCAUGUGUUUGGGAUUUCCUACAAGCAAGAGCGUCUCAAAGUCAAAGUCAAUAGUUGACUUGUAGAUAUCAUACAUGACGCUUCUUCACCUGUGUUUGAGGAGUUGCGGCCUUUGGAAUUGGAAGUGAGCACUGAUCAACAAGAGGC